ACCUCACAUCAUUACAUCUGAUUAGGUUGGUAUACUGAUAACAUCACAUCGAUCACCCAAUUAGCUAUGUGAAAAAAAAAAAAUCAUUUUUGCACAGUGCAAAACAACAUAGGUAGGAUGGAUGGAUGGAUGGAAGUGGGGGAAACGUGGUAGGUGCAGCAGAAGGAAAAGAAACUUAGCUGUUGAAAAAGGGGAAGAAAGAUCCCACAAUAGGUACACAUAAAAUUGACACUGAUGAGAAUAGUUGGGUAGCUACCAACCAACCGAGCUAGCUAAAAAUCAAGGCCUACAUUAAUCUUCACCAUUUUAAAAUCCGGGUUCUGCAGUCUGCUUCGCUUCUCGAAAUUGUAGAACAGAACAGAGCCUUAAUCUCCACAGGCUACUAAAGCUCUUCUUGCUUUGAGAGGCUUAGCUGAGGGAUAAUUUAGAUGGCUCAACAAGUAAACAGGCAAGAUGAAGAGGUCGUUCUUGCUGAAGAAAUGAGCCACGUGAGAUUGAUUACCUUGAACAGGCCUCGCCAAUUGAAUGUGAUUUCAUCGAGGGUGGUGUCUUUACUUGCUCAGUACUUGGAAAAGUGGGAAAAAGAUGACAAUGCAGAACUCAUACUGAUUAAGGGUGCUGGCCGUGCCUUUUCUGCUGGUGGGGAUUUGAGAAUGUUUUAUGAUGGCAGGACCUCGAGGGAUUCGUGUCUUGAAGUGGUCUACAGGAUGUAUUGGCUUUGCUACCACAUUCACACUUAUAAGAAAACACAGGUUGCUCUUGUUCAAGGAAUUUCCAUGGGGGGAGGUGCAUCUUUGAUGGUCCCGUUGAAGUUUUCUGUAGUCACAGAAAAAGCUGUUUUUGCCACUCCAGAAGCAAGUAUUGGGUUUCACACUGAUUGUGGGUUUUCGUACAUGCUUUCACGUCUCCCUGGGCAUCUAGGGGAAUACUUGGCCCUAACAGGGGCAAGGCUGAGUGGUAAAGAGUUGGUUGCCGCUGGAUUGGCUACGCAUUUUGUCCCCUCCGAGAAACUGCCUGAACUGGAGAAACGCCUGGUGAGCUUAAAUAAUGGUGCAGAGACUGCUGUCAAAUCUACCAUUGAAGAAUUUUCCUCUGAUGUUCAGAUUGAUGAAGAAAGUGUCUUGAAGAAACAAAAAAUGAUAGAUGAUUGUUUUUCUAAGGAUUCUGUGGAGGAGAUCAUAAAAUCCCUUGAAGCUGAGGCUACCAAAGAAGGAAAUGGUUGGAUUGUUCCAGUGCUUAAAGGAUUAAAGAGAUCAUCUCCGACAGGAUUAAAGAUAACAUUGAGAUCGAUCCGAGAAGGAAGGAAACAGUCACUGCCUGAAUGCCUGAAAAAAGAGUUUCGUCUCACUAUGAACAUUCUUCGUACGGCAAUAUCCGGUGAUGUUUAUGAGGGUAUCAGAGCUCUUACAAUUGACAAGGAUAACUCUCCAAAAUGGGAUCCUUCAACUUUUGAUAGAGUGGGUGAUGAGAGAGUCAAUGUUGUAUUCCAACCAUUUGAAGAAGAUUUGGAGCUCAAGAUUCCAGAAAGAGAAGAUUGCAGGUGGGAAGGAAAAUACGAGAAUUCAGUUUAUGCAGUUCCAAAGUGAGCGAUGAACCAAAGUUUUUUUGGCUACCAUCUGAAAUAGCCUCUCGACCGUCCGAGCCACAUAACAUACUUUUCCCUGUUUCCACACAUUUAUGAGCGCUGGUAUUUUGCCUUGCUCUUCCAGGGUUUCUAGCUCAAAAAAUGUAUUCGUUUAAACCACUGCAAUAACAUGAGACAAAAAUUGCAUUCUCUUACAUAAAUGAGCACCAGAUUGUAUCAGACACAAAACUCAUCCUCUUCCA